ACGUCAUUCCCCGACCGGCCUUUGGUGUCAUUUUUAAGAAACGGGAUUCCUGAGCUCACGCCACCGUCAUCACUUUGACUCUUUUACUCAUCUUACACCUGGACAUCGUGCCAUAAUCUUGUCGUUGAAAGGGAGCGCAAUUGACUCUCUAAACCUGCUCAUCAACACCCUCUGGAUUCGAAUUGAACCUACCCUCACAACCCCCGCAUCAUGAAGCUCUUAACCAAGGAAGAGGAGGAAGCUCACUACAAGUCCGUCCUUAAAGGCGGUACUUUUGGAACCAUCCUCGGUUGUAUAGGCGGAGCUGCCGGAGUCAUGGCCGCUACAAAGCGUUACCAAACCAUCCGCAACCUCACCCUCCCGAUGAAAUCCUUCCUGGUCACCUCCUCGGGUACUUUUGUCGGUAUUAUCGCAGCCGAUCAUGCCUCUCGCGAUUUCGAAAAGCAGCGCAACCAGGAACGACUGUGGUACGAGAACCGCGAAACCCGACUCCGUGAGGAGGAAUUGUCGCACAUGAGUUUCACCGACCGCGCCCUCGCCUUUGCCCGUGAGGAACGGUACAAGAUCGUCGGUGUGACCUGGGUGGCUAGUAUGAUCGGAUCAUUCGCGCUAGUUGGUCGCAACCCGUACUUGACCGGGCAGCAGAAGAUUGUCCAGGCGCGUGUGUAUGCGCAGGGAUUGACCCUCGCUGUGCUGUGUGCGUCUGCGGCGUUUGAGAUCUCCGAUCAGCGCAAGGGACGGGGGCUUGUCGAGGCGGCCAGGAAGAAUAAAGAGGCUGCUAAGAAGGCUGCUGAGGUUACCCCCCAGGGUACGGAGGAAGGAGAUCUCUGGAAGGAUAUGGUUGCUGCUGAGGAGACCCGGUUGAAGAAGAAGCACCAGUCGCUCUACGAGAACCACGCGGCCACCAAGUCUCAGGAGAAGUCGCAAGAAGCUCCUCGUGAGGAAGCCGCUGAGAAGAGCCAACCCAAGGAGGAAGAGGAAGAAAAGUCCUCGCAGAAGGAAGAGGACAAGGAGUCUGAGAAACAAAACUAACCUGCUCGACUCUGUAAGGCAGAUUUUCCUUACCAUUGUUUGAACCUUCUUCCCUUUUGACUCUAUUUGGUAUAUACUUUUGCAUUUUAUUUGGAGAACAAAAAGGCGUUCUUUUCUUUUGUUGGUUUCAUCAAAAACUGGUGGAUCUGCUGCGCUAUGCAUGACUUCUACUAGAAGAAUCUGUUUCAUUCAUCUUCUAAUACAGGCGUGCAAUGAUUAUUAUGUAUCCCUAAGUUCUAUACUCUCAU